AUGCCGCCCGCCCUGAAGAACUGCUUCAGUGAUAUUACCGGUAAAGACAUCCUCCCCAUGAUGAUACUACCAGAUAUUCGACGUCGAGCAUCUGAGCUCCCUGGAGCUAUAUCCACCACGUUAGGUUGGGUCCUAUUCGGACCAUUCGCUCGAUAUCGUCGACCCUUCAAACACGUCUCCUUCUCGCCUGACACUGUCGAUCUCAGUACUCGUCGUCCUUCGCGUAAGUCCUUGAUCGCCAAAUCCAUAAUCCGAAAAAGAUCUUCGUUCCCAACUUCAUCUGCCUCUAUCUCGCUGCCACCAUCUGAUAUUCCCUUGUUCAAAGACUUAUGUCAGAUGUCCUAUGAAUCCACACAACUUAAGACCCAAACUGUAUUGGAACUGCAGACUCAUAUUGAAGAAAAUCCAUCUAGCAUACCAACUGAUUUAGUAAGCAGCGCACCUAAUAGUCCGGCCCCCAUAUCCCGUAUUACACAGAUGUUAACUGAACACGAACAUUUGACAGUGGAAGGGGACUCUAAGAUCAGCAAGGAGAUUUCAACGAUUAAUCAGGUGCUGAAAAGGACCAAGGAGUGGGAAAUAAAGAGCAGAACGAGAUCACAGUCUUCGGGGAGUGGUAGUGCCAGGAGAGAGCAAAAACUGGUAACAACAAAAACAAAGCAGUCAUCAGGUAGUGGAGUUGCCAAGAAAGAACAAAAAGCUGAUAACAGUGGAAAGAAAGGAAAGAAAAAUAUUUUACACAAGUUGAUCAGGAAUGCUAAAAGAGAUUACAUGAACACCUUUGUCACGAAAUACACUUCAGCAACAAAAUCACUUUGGUCUCACGUGGAUAACCUCUGCGGUAGAUCCAAACCUGAAACAGAAAUAAAAUCUAUCAUUAAUAAUGAAGGACAGGAAAUAACAAACACGCAACAAAUUGUAGAGGAAUUCGGAAGAUAUUACAACGAAGUAGGUAAAAAGCAAGCAGAUAAUAUACCUUAUACUUUAGAAAAUAAAGAGGGAGAAAAGGACAAGAUGACAAAUUAUAGACCGAUAUGUCUUAUAUCGAAUGUAGCCAAAAUUUUAGAGAAAUUAUUGAAGAUCAGAAUUGUCAAGUUCCUAGAAAAAAAUAAAAUUAUAUCUGAACACCAGUACGGUUUCAGAGAAGGUAAAUCGACUGAAGAUGCGAUUAGGAGAAUGAUAGCGAGGAUAAACGGUUGGUUAGAUGGUAGAAAAACUGGCCUGUGUGUCUUUGUAGACCUUGAAAAGGCCUUCGACACUGUUUCACACAAAAAACUUUCAGAUAAACUCUACCGAAACGGCUUCCGGGUGCGAUGGAUAAAUGUAGCACACUUCAUCGACGAGCAUUGUAUUAUAAAAUUAUGCUUCGGAUAA